UUCUCUCACAUGUUCGCAAGUCGCUAAAUAAACUCUACAGAAGAAGCUGCGUGAUAUGGCUGCCUCCGACACUGAGCAGUAGACGAUUUCCAUCGCUGUUUAUUUUCGGCCUGUGUGAGAAAACCGGACCCAGAGGGGAACAACUGCAGAGGCAGAAUGGGGUUGACAAACAUCCUGAAAUCAGCAGCAGUGGUUUUACGAACAUGGACUGCAUCUUCGGGCUCGCCGUGCGGGAGUGUCACAGCAGGACGGCCGCUCACUCAGCUCGUCACCCGGAGUCUCUCAGUCAGGAGUCAUGAAAACUUCACAAGCCAAUCAGUCAGACAGUAUGCCCAAGCAGUACGAAAAAAGCAAGAAUUUCAGAGUCAACUACAAGACUUGUCACCAUCAAUGCUGAAACCUGAAUAUGCUUCUGUUCCACUUGCUCACACAGUUGAAGAUGUGGUCAAGAAGCUUCUCACACUGGAACUCGCAAGCCAUAGUGAAAAACUCCACUUGAAGAAGGAACAGCUGGUUGCAAAGGUCCGGAGGGAUGAAAAUGACCGCAGCUCACCGGAGGUUAAGAUUGCCAUUUUGACGGCACAAAUUCGCAACUUUCAGGAGCACUUGCAGAAGCACCCCAAGGACAAGGCUAACAAAAGGUGGAUGCUGAUGAGAAUUGACCAAAGGAGCAAAAUGCUAAAAGUCCUGAGAAGAACUCACUAUGAUGCAUUUGAGAAGGUCUGUCAAGAACUUGGCAUCUCAUAUACGUUCCCUCCAGAGUACUACAGACGGGCUACCCGACGCUGGUUGGCUAAGAAGGCCCUAUGCAUCAAGGUCUUCAAAGAGGUCCAGAAGCAAAAAGCAGAGCAGAGAAAUAAAAUGAAACAGUCACUGUCUCAGGAGAAGACUGAAACCUCAAGCACUAGUCCUCCAGAUGCCCAAGGGACUGCAAUAUAAUAACACAUAAAAGCUAAUCAUAUACAGUAACUGCAGUUAAACACCUAAACAAAGAAUUGGUUACCUGAGCCUCUGACAGCUGGUGUUUUCUGUAUAUUUUACCUUUAUCACGCUACAAAAACCUGAUGUUUCUUCAGUAUUUGAAGAUCCUGUGUCAAAACAUUAUGUCCGUCAAAAUGAGUCAACAUUGUCCAUCUGUCAACAUGACUAAAUAAAUGGUUUGUGCUGUGUUCAA